CCAUGGUUUCUCCUCCUCGCUCUUGCGAGUAACUUGGCGUUUGGUCUCAGCAGCUUCCAACACGUUUCCUAUAUACAGAGAGAGAUCGCUCGGAUUGUCUCCCUCCAUUAAGGACACAUCGGGCUGCUCUUUUGCAAGCAGAGCACUGUGUAAGCUCCCACCCCCUCCCUUCCAAACUUUUUUUUUUUUUUUUUUAUUUCUCAACGAGAACACCUAGCCAAGAAUUAAUUUAAAAAAAAAAAAAGGAAAAUAAUAUCUUCCAGGGGGAAUCACGAAAAAAAAAGAAAACAAGAAGAUGGACAUGAAAAGAAGAAUUCACCUGGAGCUAAGGAACAGAACGCCGUCUGAUGUCCGAGAAUUGGUUUUGGACAAUUGCAGGGCGCAUGAAGGCAAAAUCGAGGGACUUACGUCUGAGUUUGUCAAUCUAGAGUUCCUAAGCCUGAUAAAUGUAUUAUUGAUGUCAGUCUCAAAUCUUCCGGAGCUCCCCAAGUUAAAAAAGCUUGAGCUGAGUGACAACAGAAUCUCUGGAGGUUUGGAUGUUCUAGCAGAAAAACUGCCCAACCUCACACAUUUAAAUCUCAGUGGAAAUAAAUUAAAAGACAUUAGCACGUUGGAACCUCUGAAAAAGUUAGAGUACCUGAAGAGUCUCGACCUGUUCAACUGUGAAGUAACAAACCUCAACGACUACAGAGAAAGUGUGUUUAAGCUCCUCCCACAGCUCACCUAUUUGGAUGGAUAUGAUCAAGAUGACCAGGAGGCUCCAGACUCCGAUGCAGAGGCUGAUGGUGAUGGUGUAGAUGAAGAGGAAGAUGAAGAAGGGGAAGAGGAAGAAGACGAAGAGGAAGGUGAAGAGGAGGAUGAUGUAGAUGAGGAAGAAGACGAGGAUGAUGAUGAGGAAGAAGUUGGAGAAGAAGACGAUGAGGAAGAUGCCAGUGGAGAAGAGGAAGAAGAUUUUGGUCAUGACGGAGAAGUAGACGAGGAGGAAGAAGACGAAGAGGAAGAUGAUGAUGAAGACGAAGAUGAACCUAAAAAGGGAGAAAAAAGGAAGAGAGACACAGAUGAUGAUGGUGAAGAAGAGGAGGACUAGAGGAUGGACAAAAGGAGAGCAAAAAAAGGAAGAAAAAAAAUGAAAAAAGGACCUUAAUGGAUAAUGCAGUAUUGAUUUAAACUGGCCCCACACAUGGAUUUCCAAUAAUCGAGCUGAUAUACAGGUUGCAAAAACGUUGUAGCAAUUAAACAAGCCCCCAUCCUUGAACACCCAGAAGCCAAAGAGUCGUUACUGUGACAUUCCUACAGCCAAUAAACCCCUACUGGAAGCUUACAACAUGGUUUAUACUUAAGUUUCAAAAAGCAAAAAAAAUAUAUAUAUAUAGAUAAAAUAUAUACCAAACUUUCAGCUAAACAAACUUGGUCAAUGCUUUUACUAUUAUGUUGGGGUUCUGAAGGGUUUCUGAGUUAGAACACUGAGGGUGUAAUUGGUGAGUCAUGAUUGUCAAUGGCUACCUGUUAAAUAGAGGUUGAAGCACCAUUUUUACUUUCUGUACAACAACGGAAAAAAAAAAAAGAAGAAAAAAAUACCUUUGUAAAUAAAAUCUUAACAUUUUGGGUCUGUUUUUCAUGCUUUGCUUUUUUUAUUUUCCUUUUUUCUUUUUUUUUUUCUAACAGUUCAAUAUUUUUUUAUAGUAGGAUGUUUUUUGCGACAACUACAGAUGAUAAAGUAUUUUUUAAGAACAUGAGUGAAAUAAACAUGUUGCUAUUUGGUAAA